GUACGAUGGAGGAGUGGGCGCCGGGAUCUCGCUGUGCGUCCGCCUGGCCUCGUCUCUUCCUCUCUUGUCCGAUCUGCAGCACGGUCCGAGAUGGCUGGCGGUAAGGCUGGAAAGGACUCCGGAAAGGCCAAGACAAAGGCGGUUUCCCGAUCGCAGCGAGCCGGCUUGCAGUUCCCUGUGGGCCGUAUUCAUGGACACCUGAAAUCUAGGACAACCAGCCACCGACGUGUGGGCGCGACCGCCGCUGUGUACAGCACAACCAUCCUGGAGUACCUCACCGCAGAGGUACUAGAGUUGGCAGGAAAUGCGUCAAAAGACUUGAAGGUAAAGUGUAUUACCCCUUGUCACUUGCAACUUGCUAUCCGUGGAGAUGAAGAAUUGGACUCUCUGAUCAAGGCUACAACUGCUGGUGGUGGUGUCAUCCCACACAUCCAUAAGUCUCUGAUUGGGAAGAAAGGACAACAGAAGACUGUCUAAGGAUGCCUGGAUUCCUUAUUGUCUCAGGACUCUAAAUAUUCUUAACAGCUGUCCAGUGUCGGUGAUUCCAGUGGACUGUAUCUCUGUGAAAAACACAAUUUUGCCUUUUUGUAAUUCUAUUUGAGCAAGUUGGAGGUUUAACUAGCCUUCCAACCAACCAAAUUUCUGCAUUCGGGUCUUAACCAUAUUUAAGUGUUACUGUGGCUUCAAAGAAGCUAUUGAUUCUGAAG